CGUUCAAUACGGAGUACAAUAUCGUUGGACCUUGUCAAUGGGACUCAAAAGAUCUUUAGCAGGUGACAAGCGUAGUGAUACAUUACGCAAUGACGGCGUCCGUAGUUUCUGAAUUGUGAAACCUGCUUCGGGAUCUAACUAUAGUUUGUACAGAAAACUGGACUAACGGGUUUUCCUGGUUUUGCGGGUCGGAGUAAUUUUAGAAUGAGUCUAAAUGUAUCCUCAAGAGAGGUGCGCAAGUUAGAGCCAGCCAAUAGCGCCCACAACUAUGACGACAACAACAACGCCGACGACGACGGCGACGAAACGAACGACGGCUGCUGCAAGGUCACCGGUGCCGGCGGCAAAGCGGUGUCAGCGAUGGACUGCCCUCCCGACGACAUCCGGGCAUUCUAUGGUCACCCCUUGGCGGCCGCGACGGCAUCGUCAAACGUGGCCGACACGCACGCUUCGGCAGUGGCUCUUCUUCAUGAGUACAUCAACCUACCGGCAUUAGACAAGAGCGGGAAAAAGAUUGGAGACAAGAUCACCUCUGCUUAUGAUAUUUUGAGGGAUGAUGUCGGUGUAUCCAGGGGAGAGCGCUCCCCGGAUGUGGACGGCGAGUACAUCCACCUGCUGCAGUGCACGCUCUCCGAGGUGGACAAGUUCUUCAACAGAGAGGCCGGAAAUGGCGACUACCCCACCACUAGUUCCGCGGUGCUGGACGCCGUCACUUCCUGUCUUUCGAUCAGCAGAGCCGGCGGGUUUGCUGAGGACGUCACGGAAGACGUAGUCCAUGAGGUUUGUGUGGAAACGUCAUACAUAUCACCUGACGUCGGGGAGAACGUGAUUUAUAACGUCGAUGACGAUGCGUCGAUUCAAGAUCUUAUGACGUCAUCACCAAAUGAUAUCAUGACGUCAGAGACAAUAUCGAUGAUAGAAAUAAGAAGUGAUGUGCACAGUGAAACUUUGGGACAAAAAUUCGUGUCUGGUUCUUCAAUGACGGCUUCUCCUUUGCCAAUAUCUGGUUCUGACGUUAAACCGUCCGGAGGCGUUCGCCGUCACCGUGAAAAUAAAGUUCACCACUGUGAAAAGUCUCAGGAAAUCUCGAAGAGUUUGGUUAAGAAACUGAAUGAGAAACUGAAGAAAAGAAUGACCGAGCGAGCGGAGAACUUUGAGGCAAAGAGCGAGCUGGAAACAGCAGUGUCUAAUCUAACGUCGAGCAGAUUUGAAAUAACGGAAAGUGACUUGCCUCUUAGUAAUAGCAGUGUUAGGGAAAUGUCAAGCACUUCUGCCAACAACUAUGAAAUUAACUCGUACAAGGAUAAUAAAACAGAACGGCUCCAAGUGUCAAAUUCAGAUGUAUACGAACAUAUGGCUGUAAACAUGACGUCAUAUUCGAAUUCCAAUUAUACUAACCCCAUAUUGCAAAGUGCAUCGACUUCAAGUGCUCAAAUAAAUGUAAGAUCACAAACAGCCCUAAAGGUACAAUCCGACAGAAGUGCUAAUCUUUUAAAACAUUCCGCGCUUACAAGGGCUCAUUCUCUGCCAAACGGAUUUACUAAUAACCCUUACCUUACGCCGGUUGUUACGGAUGGAAACACGCCUGUGGGAAUUCCGCCUCCUUUGUAUUAUUACCCCUCAACAACUAGUGUUCAAACUGUUGCAUCCGGUAACGUACCCAUCCCUGCGCCUGCGCAAUACGCGUAUCCGCCAUUGUGUACUCAAAGCGAGAUCAGCCAACAGAAUGCGUAUUCAAAUUCUAUGAUCGAGAAGUACAUUCAGUUGAUGCGUCAACAGAGUGCGUAUGCGCCAUACACGGGGCCACAAGCGGAUACAUUCCAUCAAAAGUCACCAGACAGCGGGUACGGUGACCAGUGCACAUCUCCUAAGCAGCUCAAAGAAGUUGUGAAUCCAGAAAGCGAAAGUGAAACGGAAACACGUGGCAAAGUCGACAAAAGACGGAAGUCCGCUCCACCAAUGUACGUGAAGCAGGUGUGGCAAACACUUCCGGUGGACCGCUAUUCAAAGGGCAACGUCAACAAAAUAGACAAGGACCCUGUAGGAUACAAGUACUUUCUUGAGUGCCCAAUCUCCGCAACUCAGAAAAUCGAACAUGACCGCAUCACUUAUGUCAACAAAGGCCAGUACUAUGGACUCACGUUGGAGUAUAAUGGUGACCGGCCGCUUAAGAAUUCAUCAGUUAAGUCGGUUGUUAUGGUCGUGUUCCGGGAGGACAAGCACCUUGGAGACGAGCAUAAAGCCUGGGAAUUCUGGCACAGUCGACAGAACAGCUUUAAACAGCGCGUCAUUGACGUUGAUACAAAGAACAGCGUGAUGAUAAGUCCGAGCGCAACAGAGGAAAUCUCAUACAACGGUGUCGCAGUCAAGUGGAACCCACGAGAUUCUCCCGUGAAGGUUAAUGUAGCGAUCCACUGUCUUAGCACAGACUUCAGUAAUCAAAAAGGUGUCAAGGGCCUGCCCCUGCACUUGCAGAUUGAUACGUUCGACUCCUCCUCAGCCUCAUUGACAGACGCAACUCCAGUCAGUAGGGGCUACUGCCAAAUAAAAGUGUUUUGUGAUAAGGGUGCUGAACGCAAGAUUCGAGAUGAAGAGAAGAGAAAACAGUGUAAAGCAAAACCGGAGAUCACCUCUGUUACCAAAGCUGCCCGCAAACGGAAGGAAGAUAUAUAUCACGAGCCGAACGAUCGGUCCGAGUUCUACGUGAUGGCGGACCUUCAUACGAAACCAAUAUUGUUUUCACCCUCAUUCGAAACAGAGGAAAAUAUGCGGUGCAGUCCAUUAAGUAAUGUCGUUCUAGAUGAAGAAUGCAGCUCAAGUAGCAUCACGAGCAGCGGGGAUCACUACGACAGCGCAGAAGACGGCGCAUGCCCCGCCAAGCGACCCCGAAUCGAUUCCUUCACUUCCCCACCGCAACCUUUUUCACACAUUCUUGUGUACGUUCGCGAGAAACACGAGGAUGUGUUUACUGCGGUCAUGAUAAGAUCUCCCACUCUUCUUGGAUUGCUACAAGCGAUCGAGGAAAAGUAUCAUAUACCAAUCACAUCAAUAAAGAACUCUUACAAACGAUCUAAGAAAAGAAUACUUGUGCGCAUGGAUGACAACAUCGUGCGCCAUUAUUCGCAUGAGGAGACGUUCGAGAUUGAAUUCGUUGCCAAUGGCGCGGACAAGGACCUGUACCUUACGGAACUUGAUCCCGAAUAAGGUCGACACAAACUGUAACAGGAACCAUUGUGUCCGAUGAAAUGCAAGGCAACGCUGUGAUUAAUUAAAAGUGCUGGAGUUAACGCAGCCGUUUCUUGUCCAACAAGAAACGACGAAGAAUUACAUGUUCAUCAAUGAUGGUACUCUAUCAGACCACAUGCACAUCAAUACAACCGAUGUGACGAAUGAUGUUUGCCGCCUGUUGGGGUCAGAUUAAUUCUUGAAGAAAUCUUGAUGUGCAUAUCAAUCACUCACUAUGAAGCCGGUCGCCAGUACAUAACAAUGUUUAUAUGAGGUGUGAUGUCUUUGUACCUCGACUGUUAAUGUCAAUGGCUUAAGAUGAGAUGGGAAAAAGUCAACGAAGCCUAUUAGACUUGCCCAUGAACGGUUACGUACAUAUUUCGUUCCAUCCAAAGAACAAUGCUCCAAUUGCAUUUAUUAUGCUCCCCCAAAAUUUAUUUUGGGGGGAGCAUACAGUCGCCGCUUUGUCUGUCCUUGCGUGUGUGUGUCUGUCCGUCCGUCCGUGCACACUUUUUGUCCGGGCUAUUUCUUAGCAACUAAUGACCGGAAUUCAAUGCAACUUUAUGGGAAGCUUCACUACCAAGAGGAGAUGUGCAUAUUAUCAACGGGUUCUGGUCGGAUGAUUUUUCACAGAGUUAUGGCCCUUUGAAAUUUUCAAUAUUUUUUUUGUCUCCCCAGCUACUGUGCCCUCAAGACGUUUCCUUUUAUCUGAAUAUAUAGUGCAAUAUUGUGACAAAAAACACCUUUGGGGAGCAUCACCCGUCUCCGACGGUUUCAUGUUAAAUAAGCGCACCAUAUAUGCAUUUUUUCCAAAUACUAGGCCUUUUCCUUUGAGUCAUAUAAGGAACGAUGGGUGUUAUGCAUUAAUUAUCCCCACGCUUUUUGAAAAAAAGGUGGGGAUAUUGUGGUGAUCUCCGCCGUCCGUCCGUCCGUCCGUCCGUCUGUCCGUCCGUCUGUCCGUCCGUCCGUCCUGGCCACUAUCUCCUCCUACACUAAAAGCACUAGAACCUUGAAAUUUACACACAUGGUAGCUAUGAGCAUAUGUGCGACGGUGCACUAUUUGGAAUUUUGAUCUGACCCCUGGGUCAAAAGUUAUAGGGGUUGGGGUGGGGCCGCGUCAGAAAUUAUCACUCAUUUUUUUAGGUUAUUUUACAUUUACUUCUUUAUUUCUACACCGAUUCACUUCAAAUUGAUACUGGACCUCACCUAUGACAAUACGGUCAAUCUCAACCAUGCAUGGCCCCAUUCCCAACCCUGGGGCGCCCCGCCCACAUAGGCCACACCCACCAAAAAUUUCCAUUUACUAUAAUUUUUUCAUUUCUACACGGAUUCACUUCAAAUUGAUACUGAACUUUUGUUAUGACAUUAGGGUCAAUCUCAACUAUGCAUGGCCCCAAUCCCAACCCUGGGGCGCCCGCCCACAUAGGCCACACCCACCAAAAAAAUCCAUUUACUAUAAAAAAAAUUAAGGUUAUUUUACAUUAACUUCUUCAUUUCUACACUGAUUCACUUCAAAUUGAUACUGAACCUCUCUUAUGACAAAACGGUCAAACUCAACUAUGCAUGGCCCCGUUGCCAACCCUGGGGCGCCACGCCCACAUAGACCACACCCGCCCAAAAUUGCCUUUUACUAUAAUUUCUUCAUUAAUACACUGAUUCACUUCAAAUUGAUACUGAACCUCUCUUAUGACAAUACGGUCAAUCUCAACUAUGCAUGGCCCCAUUACCAACCCUGGGGCACCCCGCCCACAUAGGCCACACCCUCCCAAAAUUGCCUUUUACUAUAACUUCUUUAUUUUUACACCCAUUCACUUCUAAUUGAUACUGAACUUCUCUUAUGACAAUACAGUCAAUCUCAACUAUGCAUGGCCCCAUGAUCAACCCUGGGGCGCCCUUGGGUCAAACAUGCGGCGUGGGGAUACGCGUCGGCCUCUGCCGCGCCAUUUCUAGUUGAUUAUGCUGCGUACAAAGUGAUGACUUAGUUUUGAAUUUCAAUUGUUUUGCCACUCAGUUACUGUUUUUUUAAAUAGAAAAAGGACGAUUUUGAGUAAAAUAUGACCACCAUAAGGCGAGGAAGGUUUCCCUAUAUUGCUUACAUGGCUUUGAUGCAACCAUUGGAGAAUAAAGAAGCCAUGUAUGUUGCCAAACGGUCAUGUAACCUGUUAUGACCAUUUGUUAUGGUAACCUUGCCUGACUUCUAAAAUAGUUACGAAGCAUAACAAGAGCUGCUCAGAACAGCUCGUUUUCUUCUUUUUGUAGGUGAGUGACCUUAGGUUUGACACCCUUCUCUACAAAAUACAAAUAUUCAGGCUUGUGUUUAUUUAGAACAUUAUCAGUGCUUAUUGCAAAAUAAAUGGUGUGGCGGACAAAGUACAUAUUUAUUUCCGAUAAUAAUAAAAUCACCUGUUUAAAAAUGUUUUAUCGAUCUCACUUUCAUGACAUGCAUAUCAAAUUGCAGUUAUUCCCCACACAUCAUUGUGCAUGUGUACAUUGAAGUUGUUUGUUGAUGUUAAACGUUCAGCACCAUAUUGUCUCACUAGUUUACAAAAUGUAAUUGCGAUACAGACGUCUUGUAUGUACACAAGCAUUUUAACGUCUAAUCGUAAACAAUAAAAAAAACAAACACACAAGAAUGUCUGAACUCUUACGAGAGUCAAGUGUCCUUCAUUUUAUUUAUUGGCAAAGUAAUGCACAUAUAAAUGACUUAUUUUAUCUGGACAAAACUGUCUGUAAGAGGUUAUUUCAUUAAAUGUCUCAUUCUUUUCUUGUAAAUGGCUUUGGCCGACAUAAAGAGGUCCUGCUCAGCGAAGAGUAGUUUCUAGAUAUAAGCUAUGGAUCAAUCCACAGCUAGUGAUUGAUUGUACAAUACACGUGCUUGUAUCGACCCAUACGCUUUAUACACGUAUAAUACUUCAUUGGCAUUAUUUGUUCAAGUCGUUCAUUUAUGUUGUAACUAAUGACUAUUUCUUUUUGUUCGAUGUUUUCCAAUAAUUACAUCGUUAUUUAUUGUUUUAUACAGUGUUUACUGCCGAAAGAAUUAUUUAAAUAUUGUUAUAGAUUCUUUUGUACAUCAGACAGAGAUAAAAUGUUUUAAUGUGAAAUUUGUAAAUGUUUAUUGAAACGUUAAAAGCAAUACAUUUAAAAGAUA